AUGACGUGGGGUUGGCGAAAACUUCUCUCCAUUCGUAGUCUAGUUCGGCCGUUUAUAUGGAAAAAGAUUCGAAGUGGAGCUCAAACGAAUGCAUGGAGUGACAACUGGUGCCAAUUCAGUCUUUUAAACUCGUUUAUUUCUCCUCGGGUUAUUGCGAAUGCAGGUUUUAACUUGCAAUCUUCUGUCAAUUCGUUGGUGGAUGAUCACGGCCAUUGGAGGUGGCCGCAAGCCUGGCUUGAUUUGUUUCCGGUUUUGAUCAAUAUUGAAACUCCCGCUCUAACGCAUCAAAUAGAAGACAACCUGAUAUGGAAAGACCUCGAGGGUAAUCAGCAACAAUUCAGUUUGAAAGAAGUAUGGAAUAACAUUCGGAAUAGCAACGCUAUAGUGAAUUGGGCAAAUCUUAUUUGGUUUGCGCAGUGUAUUCCCCGACAUUCAUUCCAUAUGUGGCUCGUCAUAAUGAACAAGUUAAGUACACAGGACCGGUUACGGGCAUGGGAAGUGGGAAGUGAAACAAACCGUCGGCUGAUGUGCUAUCCACUUUGUAAGCAUGAUCGAGACUCAAGGGACCAUUUGUUUUUCCAAUGUUCUUUUGCGGCUCAAGUGUGGAACAAUGUAAAGGUAAUGGUUGAUUUGAGUAGUGUCAAUGACUCAUGGGACCCCGUUAUGGACUGGAUGAUUCAGCAUGCUAACACAAAGAAGAUUGAACACAUUAUUUGUAAGCUGGUAAUAGCGGCAUCAACAUACUUCAUUUGGCAGGAAAGAAAUGCUCGUCUGUUCACUCCGAAUCAAAACAGUGUUUCUGGGAUAACGGAAAAAAUAAUGAAUAUUGUCAGGCUUCGCGUGAUGGGAUUCAAGGCUACAAAGGAUGCUAACUUUACAAAGUUGAUGAGGAAAUGGAAGAUUCCGAUUCUAGAAAACAAUAAUGGCAUGGGCUAG